ACGGACGUGCAGAUUUGAUAUGUUGUAGGCCGACGUGUAUGUCCUGUUGUCCUAGUUUGACGAAAUGCACAUGUUUCAUGUCGGCUUCUUGUCGUCGGGGUUGAAACUUGCUCCCGAGUGACUGCGACGUGAAUCUGUCGAGAUGGGUCGAUGGAUUUGGUCGAAGUCGCCAUUCCGCUCUUCAUCUGCUCCGUGUAUAUGAUAUUGAUGGGUGGAAAUGCAGAGUGUUCCUGAUAUCCAUCUCUCUCUCUCUCUCUCUCUCUUUCUCUCAUCAGGACAUCUUCAAAGAAGGGCAUGAUACCAAUGGCCGAAGUAGGUCUCAGAAUAAUCCUCGCUCAGAUAAUUUCCAAGACCAACCAGUCCAACCGCAUCCUGGUGAAGCCCUCGCUCAUCUCAACUCAAAUCGGUAAAUCUUCAUCUGCCCUACCGCCGCCACCAUCGAACACAGCCCGUUGUUGUAUCUGCGACGCGGAUUGCUUCCUUAAAUCCUGCCAUCUAUGCCAGAAGAGAUUAAGCCCCCACAAGGAUAUCUACAUGUACAGGGGUGAUGAAGGUUUUUGCAGCGUGGAAUGCAGGGAAAGGCAGAUCGUAAUUGACGAGAUGACAGAAAUGGAGAUGAUGGCGAGAGCUUCGUCUGCUUCUUCCACCAACUGGAAAUCACUGCUGCGACGCUCGUGAUGGAAUCAGUCAAGUCACAGGAUCCGCCAUUUUCAAAGAACCCACCGAGCCCUGUCCUUUCAAAUCAUCACCAACUGUUAUUUUCUCGUUCUUUUCUAGGCUUUGCAAGCGCAGUUUUGACCAGACUAUCUGACUCUUAGAUUCGUUUCUAA